CCAAAGCCCAAAUUAUCUUUACAAGACUGCCAUCACCUAACAAAUGAUAUUCAUAAAUUAUCCCCAAAAUUCAAUACAAAGGGUUUUAGAUAAACCCUAGAAAAUCACUGCUAUUCAGCCAUGGAAACAUCUCUCUCAAAGCUCAGUAACUCCAUCUCUCCUCUCUCGCUCCAUCACCACCGUCCAUCUCUCUCCCCUCCCAUUUCAUCUCUCUCUUUCAAACUCACCUCUUCAAAAUCACCAUCAUUUUUCAAACCCUCAUCAAUAACAUCAUCAUCUUUAUCUAUAUCAUGUUCAUCAUCUAAUCACCCAAUUUCCAAGCCCGAUUCUCUCCAAGCUUCAAAUUCACACCCAUUUUCUCCCUUUAAGACAACCCUUGUCGCUGCCACGGUCACUGCAGCCAUUAUUUUCGCAAGAUUUAAUCUGAAACCGGCCAUUGCCGCUCCUGUAUCGACACCCGUAAACACGGUUGAAGAAGAGGUCAUUUCUGACGAGGAUAAGGAGAGGAAUCUUGAAGAGUACUUGAGUUUUCAUGAAGAUGAUGUUGAGGCAUUGAAGACACUGUUGGAGAUAAGGAUUAAGAACAAAAAAGUUCAGGGAGCUUUGGAAAUUAUCGAUAAGUUGAUCGUACUUGAACCUGAAGAUAGAGAUUGGCCUUUGAUGAAAUCCCAUACUUAUUAUUAUAGUGGAGAGAUUGAAUUAGCUAAGAAAGGGUUUAAUGAGAUAUUGGUUAAGGACCCUUUACGUGUUGAGGCGUAUCAUGGGUUAGUGAUGGUUGCUUCACAGGAUGAAUCGUCUACUGAAUUGGCAGAGAUCGAGAAGAGGAUUAGGGAGGGUGCUGAGAUGGUGAAGAAAGGAAAUAAGAAGGGGAAUUUUAGGGAUUUUAUGCUUCUGUUAGCACAAGUUCAGGUUUUUCAGGGGGGUUUUGGGGAUGCAUUGGAGAUCUACAAGAAUCUUGUCAAGGAGGAGCCCAGGGAUUUUCGACCUUAUUUGUGUCAGAGUAUAAUCUAUAGUCUAAUGGGGAAGAAAGAUGAGUCUGAGAAGAAUUUUCAGAAGUAUAGAAGGCUUGUUCCGCGGGGACACCCUUACUCAGAGUAUUUUGAUCAUAAUUUGAGUGCUACUAAGCUUUUUUCACAGAAGGUGGAGAAUGAAAGAACACGAGCAAAUGUUUGAAAAUGAAGAGGGUGGAGCAGUAAGUGUCUUUUGGGAUAGAAACUAGUUCAAGUAAAUUGAGGUAUUCUUUUGUUUCUACUCUUCUUAUAGUUUAACUGAUGUAUUAGGCAGCAGUUGGUAUUGUGAAUGUUGGCUACUUGUUUGGAUAUCUUACAUGGUACAAUUUAAAUUUUAUGAUUCGGAUGCUGGUUGUUUAUUUAGGUUUUAAUUUUGGAAUGAAGUGUGAAAAAUUGUUAGGAAGACGUUAUGCACUAGUGUCUUGUGUAGUAAUGUGAAAUAUAUUAAUUCUUUUUUUACUCAAGGUGCAUGAUAUGGCGAUUUCGCUAAAAUCUAAAUUAGUUAUGACAAAUUGUAUAUUCUGUUUGUGGUUUGCACAUGUAUUCUAUACAGCGUAAAAGUGUCGAAGUUUUGAAUUUAAUUUCAUCUGAGUUUUGUAUGAGCUCCACUUUGGUGGAGGAUGUAUAGUGUGCAAGCUAGGCUUGCUCAUUUGUGAAUUUUGCAUGAGCUAAGUAAUAUAGGGCUCUGCACUCUGUAGUUUCUUGAUUUUUGAAGUGAAAACAAAUAGUGGACUUGUCCAUGGAAUAGAUUAUGGCCAAAAUGAACUAUCAGAAUGUCUAAUAGUUGCAUCCUGUAAACAUGAACAUGCGAGUAAGCGGGCCCACAAGUUUCAGGGAGCCAAGUUAUCUUGGGUAAAAUUCUCCUUUUAAUAUUUUCUUUCUAUGGGAGAGACAGACAGAAACCUUUGUCUUAAUAAGCAACUAUAAAUUACCAAUUGUAGGUGUUAGGAAAACAAAAAACUGCCUAAUUGUUAUUAUAACUAAAAUAUAUUCUUUGGCUUGAAAGUACUUUCUGAGAAGGAAAAUUAGAUUGCUAUAAGCGUAGCUUUUGAGGACAUAUUUAACUUUAGUAUGCACAUGAUCAUUAUUAAUCUUGAAAUUAGAGGGGUACAGAGUUUCUAAUUGUAGACCCCCGGCAUACAUAAGCUCAAUAAUAUGUUAGUUAUAUAAGCUUUCUAAUAGAUGAUAACCCAACACAAAUAAACUGGGCGCUAGGCAGUCUCAUUUUGCUAUUUGUAAGAGUCGCCUCUAAUGAGUAGCAUCCUUUGGUUCUCCAAACAAGUUUCGCAAUGCAAACAUGUUAAGCAAUACCCUCUUUCAGUGGCCAGUGGUAUAUCUUUGGUUGUUUAUAUAAGAGCCUAUAUUCAACGCUAUUUGGAAAAUGUCCCUACAUUAUAUAAUCUCUCUUUCUGUUAAUAUAAAUAUACAUAUCAGCGCCUAGCAAAUCAAAGUACUUUUCAUAAUAUCAUAUAAUUAACUCAAUACAACACCUUCAUUUUUUAUGGAAGAAGUAAAUUUUCUCAUCUUGAAAAGGAGAGAUUGGAUACUCAAGAUCCUCUGGGCUUUAGACCUUUAGCUAAAUCAAGCACUUAACAAUCUAGAAUUAUGAAAACUAAACACCCAUCUGUCUUUUCAUUAUUAUGAUUCAUACUAGAAUAGCCUUGUCUUUGCUAAAUGCUGCUGAUAUAUUUGAGCAAGAAGGGAUAGGCGUAGAGGACACCAGUGGUGGUGUCAACAAUUGGGCUUUUUUCACUUUGGACACACUAGCCAGUACGGAUAGGGGUGUAACCUCUCCAACUACUGUCAACUUCUUUGCUGCAAAAUCUAUGUUGAAAGAUGUCACUCCUGAAAAUAUAUGGUGCCAGUUAUACAUCAAUUUAAAACCUGUAAAUUAUGUGUCUUGAAUUAUUACAUACAUACCUUUCAUUUUGGAGAUAUGUUUUCUCAUUUUUCUUUCGCAUCCUUUGCAGUGAAGGGACACUCGUAAUACUACUACCUGUAAACAAAAUAAUACAGGAACAAAUGCAGCCUCCACCGAAACCCAUUGAUUCUUUUGCUGUAGAUGAGCGGGACAGAAAGCUACUUUGUUUAUCUUCAGUGAGCUACAUAUUGUUCAGCUCUGGAGCUGAUGGAAUCAGAUGCCUGUACAUGUAUUUGUUGUGUUAUAGGCUUAUAGGAACAGCAUAUAUACCACUUCCUUUUUCAUUUCCUUUACAUCCAUUGCCCACCCACGGCUAACUUUGUAAGGCUUACAACUCGAAACGUACACUUUACAAACUGAACCUAAUAUUCCCAUUUUCCAAUAUUUUUCUUUCAUCAUUCA